AUGGAAAAUAAAAUAAAUGAGUCAGAAUAUUUCUUUAAAAAACACAACAAAAUAUGUAAUAAGUUUGAUACUUUGAGGAAUCUUUUUCCUGAUGAAUUGAGUUCUGGAAAAUAUUACUUUAAAGCUGGACCGUCCAAGAGAUAUUGCCCUAAUGGAGGCUGCAAUAACGAUAUCGAUAAAAUUAAUGGGUAUUGCUUAUGGUUAUUUAAUCAAUUAUAUAAGGAUAAAAUAGAUUUUUCGAAUAAUGCAAAUGACAAUAUGAAUAUUGUUACAUACAUUUUGGGGUGGUUAAGUUAUAAGUUAAAUCAAAAAACAGAAAACAAAAUUACCACAUUAAACGAUUUCUAUACUACUUAUAUAAAAAAUGGCGAGGGAUAUAACAAUAUUAUAGAAAAUGUUACAAAAUAUAAAACUUAUAAGGAAAUUAUAGAUGGGAAUAAUAAAUUGAUGGAUAUUGAUAUUAAAAUUAUGUCUAAAUUUUAUCAUGCAUUUAAUAAUAUGUGUAAAAUGUAUAAUGAACUUUUAGAGGCGAAGAAAAAUGGGGAAAAAUAUUUAAAAUAUGUUAAUAAUUUUGUUGAAAAUUAUAAUACCCUGUUUAAUGAUACCAACAGUAAUCUAUUUAAACAAGUACUGUCUGGUGUAUCAAAUGAUUAUAAUUACAUAAAAAGUAAAUUAGAUGUUGAAUCUAUAAGGAAUCAAUUUCCAGAACUUUCAAAUGAAAGAACAGAAACACAAGUUUCUUCAAGUUCUAAAGAACCACAAAUAGAUGACUCCUCAAGUGGAACAUCAACAUUAAAUUCUAAAAUUGAAGUAUCAGAUUCUGAACCUGAAACAUUAAAUUUUGAAACUGAUGUAUCAAAUUCUGAAACGACACUAUUGAGUUCAUUGAUAAUAAACAAACUAAUUCCAAUUCCAUUUAUGUUUUUUGUAAUAUUAAUUAUAUUAGGAAUUGCAUACAAGUAUUCAUUAUUUGGAUUUCGGAAACGAUCUCAAAAACGAUAUUUAAGAGAAAAACUAAAAAAAUAA